AUGAAGAAAACUGCUGUGACGUUCGUGCUGCUUUGCGGCCUCACUGUCAUCCUGCAACAGGAAGGUGUCUUCCCUACAAUCGGCGCUGCAGAGGAGGAGGUUCAAUCUUCCCAUGAAUCAGCGGGCCUCGCAGCGGAAGCGGAGCCAGUGACGACCCCAGGAACAUCCAUACAGCCGCCCUUCCCAUCACAAGCUCCUGGAAUCCCCACUGCAAACCCCCAGAUUUCUGCAAUUUCCUCACAGCCCGUGCCCAAUCCCAUUCCCUCUCCGGCACCACCACCGCCACCACUGCCACCGGCACCUCCGUCGCCACCGCCUCCCGUGCCGAUCCCUCCUACAGCUGCGCCCACGGUGCCGCCGGAUAACACGUCUGCUACGGCCUCGUCCUUCUGCAGCGAGUGGGGGCCGUGGAGGCUGGAAUGGUCGGACGACUUUACCGGAGAUCGCUUGGAUCCCGAAUACUGGCAGACGGUGACCAGCCAAGGCGGGUACAAGGACAUUAACUUCGGUGUGGCGGGCUUGAAUAUCACUGCUUGCCGCUGUGCCUCGUGUCGCGAGUCGAACGUCCGAGUUCAGGACGGCCAGCUCAAACUCAUGUCUGAGCGCGACCCGCAAAUCGCCAGAAGGUAUUACUCCGCGGCCGUCACCACGAAGGAUCGCAUAGCUUGGUCAAGCAAAGAUGGCCCUUUUCGUGUUUGUGUGCGUGCCCGGCUGCCCUUGAACACCAGGGGCGUGUGGCCGGCUCAUUGGAUGCUGCCGCAAAACGGCUACUCGGAUCAAUGCCUCGACGAGGGGGAGAUGGACAUCAUGGAAAUGGUCUCUGCGGAUGGCACGUCCUUCAAUGCUUAUCAUUGGCUCUCAAGCUGGCCCGGCACCCGUUGUGGAAACUUCGACAGGUUCCACAAGUCUGUCUCGUCUUCCCGAAAAGUGCCGAAUUACCACACGGAGUUCCACGAAUAUGCCGUGGAAAGGACAGGGAACCAGAUUCAGUAUGCCAUCGAUGGCAAUGUCGUCGGCGCGUUUUCCGAGACCCGGAACAGGUUCACCCUGUCGAAGUCGGCUUUCUUCCUGCAGGAUACGCACAGUAUUUUGAAGAUGGUUGAUAAACCUACGAUCCUGCAAAAAGCCGAGCGAGACCUCUAUGAAGUCUGGAAAUACAAGGGAAUUUACACCGCCAGAUCCGAGGCAGCCAAAGACAUCUUCCGGACGCUUCGCCUUAUCACCACCCGGCAAAAGGCCCUCGGCUUCGCUCGGUGGCUGCAGGUCACGAAGGAGGAGUACCAAGGGGAGACAGCUGCGUUCACUCUGCUGACCCGGCUGGACAGCUACGACCGCCUCGUUCACAAACGAAGUCGGGUCGGUGCUUUACUGGCCUCCGCCAUGGCUAUGGAAGGGAAGCGUGCGGCCUCCCACAGCAGGAAGCUUGCGGUGCUGCUAGCGCUGCGGCAGCUGCAUGCUUUCGUUCUUCGGCGCCAAGCGGAGAACGUCACAUCGGCUUUGGCGCGCUGGCGGCGCUUUCGCGGCCGUGCGGUCUCUGCCGCAUCUGUCCGCAGUGAGUGGCAUGACGCUGGGAUGCUUGGCACGAUGCGCGACGAGGUCUUGGAGUUCGCGGCGGCGCCUGCCCCCGAGACCCUCCGAGGGGGUGCCUGCAUGGUGGAGAGCUGUUGUGCGUCAGACCUUAGCGAAGGCCCUUGCGAGCAGACGAAGCGCGAGGUCGACUCCAGCGAGGAGUUAGCAGUUGCGUGGUCUUCUUUGGCCCUGCAAAAUGGGCUGCUGUCCACUCAGGCGCCCACAUCUGGACACUCCUCCAAUACAUUUCCGACGAGUGCGGGUGAGGCCCCGUUGGCCAUCGGUAUGGGCACGCAGCGGAGCAGGUACAACGAGGCCCCAUCUGCUGUUGGCCUGGGCACACGGCGGAGUAGCUACACCGAGGCCCCCUACGCUCUGGCCCUCGGCACGAGUGCACCGAGCUCCUUCGAGGCAGCGGCCUCCCUCGCAACUAGUCCGCGGGAGGCUCCUCUGGCUUUAGGCUGCGGCACCAUCAGCUCCUUUCACGAGGCAGCGACCUCCGUGGCAACUGGUCCGCGUGAGGCUCCUCUGGCCUUGGGCUGCGGCACCAUCAGCUCCUUUCACGAGGUGUCAACAGCUGGCGUUGCUCACCCGUCGUUUUCUUCGUCCACUCUAGCCGUCCGCGAGGCACCUUCUGACUUUGGUAUCGCUGCAGCGCCCUGUCAGACGCAGGUGUCAACAGCUGGCGUUGCUCACCCGUCGUUUUCUUCGUCCCCUCUAGCCGUCCGCGAGGCGCCUUCGGACUUUGGUAUCGCUGCAGCGCCCUGUCAGACGCAGGCAGCCCGGACCCAAGCAUCCCGGGAGGCGGCUGCGCAGCCGGCCGUCACAAUCGGCACUCGAAUCCAUCAGGGCAGUACCAUGGAGAUUGUCUCCUGUUGUGGCGAGGGCCCGACGCAGGCUGCAGAGGCACCAGUGGCGCCCUUGGCAUGCACGGCGAGAACGAUGCCCCAUGCUCUCACCAAGCGUGCAUCUGCUCUUCAAGCAGCUCCCGUGCAGACGGCCCAUCCUCCAAGACAGGAGGGUGCGAGGUGGGAU